CGAAGCCCAUAAGGCUCAAGUCGCCGAGCUCGAGUCUCUUCUGGAACUAGCUAUGACUGGGAUCAAUCAACUGCAGGACCGCAACGAGGAACUGGAAGUCGCCGCCCUCGCCCAGCGCGACGCGGAGGUACUCUCCGCUCACAAGGAACUCAAAGCCGUUCGCGAGGAGGCCGCUGAGAAGACCAAGGCCGUGGAAGCUGCAUGGGACCAGAAGUACAGCGAAGCCGUCGGCCAGCUCAAACAGAGGCUUACCUUCUUGCGUUCGGAGAAGGCCCGUCUCCGAGUCGAAGUCAAAGAGCACAAGCUCGCGGCUACCAUCGAGAAGCAGAAGGACACGGCCGAGGCCGAGCUCGCACCUACAAGUCCGCGCGGAGAAAACCAGAAGCGCGAGGAGGCUUGCGAGCGCCACAUCGGAGCGAGGCGUCUCUUGAGCCUCGGCGACAAGCUCGAGAAGGCCAUGGCGAAGUCUCAGCACACGCGCACCUCUAAGCUGCAGGACACCACAAACCGCCGCGCCACCCGCCUCGUCCCUCUCCAGUUCCCCUGCGACGAGUCCCCCACGCCUGCGCCUACGAAGCCCAUGCGUAAGACGUCUCUGCUCUACCCCGCCUCUAGCUAUGUCCCCGUCCCCGGCGUUCAGGGCACGCCCUACGACCCUGUCCCUCCCAUGCGCUCCUCGAACCUGGUGGACGUGUCGGAGGGCGAGAUCCUCUUCGGCUCCAUGGGCUUGACCGCGAACCCGAUCAACAAGUCGCUCGCCGAGCCCCGCGCAUCUCGGACCGGAGGCGCGGGGCAGAACAGGGCGCCCCGGGUCGCGAACAGGCGUCGGCUUUGAGGCGCUCCGCGUCGCCCUCUCGAAUGAGGUAUGUAUCGCUCUUGUUCCUUCUGCACUGUCUCAUACGAAUGCGUCUGGUGUAGAGGACGAUGCAGUCGAACCAAUAAGGGUUCGACGAAGAGCGACACACACAGGGCCAAUGGGAGAGCUUGCCAUGGUUGUCCGAGACCGACGCUUCAGCGCAUUAUCUCGCUGGCGUUUUGGCGCCAUGGUGGCUUGACGAACGUUGGUCCGUACGUCGUGUGCGUACAGCGUGUGUUGACCUCAGGACGAGUGAGUUUCUGCCCAUCUGCUCAGCGCUCACCAGUCACUGCUGACGUUAUUACCCUCCAGGCUACCGCGUGAGACAUCGCUCUCUGCCUCCACCGUCGCAAGUCCAACGCUCCGAAUCGGUCGCGCACUCA